AUGAGAUCCACCACCUUAUCUGUUGCCACUUUAGCGUUAGUUGCCCAAUCCUUAGCAGCUUAUGUUCCUUCCGAACCAUGGUCCACUCUGACCCCUUCUGCAACAUUCUCUGGUAAGCACACCACCGAUUACACAAAAACUUUUGCAAUUUCCAUCGACCCAAUCGCUACUCCAUCUUCCACUGCUUCCUCCUCUGCUUCUACUGCAAACUCAAAGGCUAAGAGAGACGUUGUCACUCAAAUUGGUGAUGGCCAAAUCCAAGCUACCACUGCAACUCCAAAGACCGAAGCUCCAGUCAUUACCCAAAUUGGUGAUGGUCAAAUCCAAGCUACCACUGCAACUCCAAAGACCGAAGCUCCAGUCAUUACCCAAAUUGGUGAUGGUCAAAUCCAAGCUACCACUGCAACUCCAAAGACCGAAGCUCCAGUCAUUACCCAAAUUGGUGACGGUCAAAUCCAAGCUACCACGGCAACUCCAAAAACUAAGGCUCCGGUUGUCACCCAAAUUGGUGAUGGUCAAAUCCAAGCAACCACUUCAGCUAGUGCAACCGUUGCAACCCAAAUCGGUGAUGGUCAAAUUCAAGCAACCACUACAAAUGGAAAGAAAGACUCCAAGCCAGCAGAAACUUCCCCAGCAACCCCAAGUGGUGACUACCAAGGUUUCCCAGAAUCUUGUAAGAACCCAGAUGCACUGUCCAUGGUUUUAAACAAGGGUAUCUUGACUGAUUCAAAGGGCAGAAUUGGUUCCAUCGUUGCAAACCAACAAUUCCAAUUUGAUGGUCCUCCACCACAAGCAGGUGCAAUUUACGCUGCUGGUUGGUCUGUCACUGCCGAUGGUAACUUAGCUAUUGGUGAAAAGGAUAUCUUCUACCAAUGUCUGUCUGGUAACUUCUACAACUUAUACGAUGAACACAUUGGUUCUCAAUGUGAAGAAGUUUACUUGAAGGUUGUUGAUUUAGUUGAUUGUUAA